CACCGGCAUUCCCUCGCAUCAUGGCGCCCAAGGCCAAAAAGAAUGCGACUACCAGACCGAUUUCCACUGCUCGACGUAAGCAAGUCAGGCAGGCCCAGAGCACAUAUCGAGCACGCCAGCGCUCGCUUCUCAGUGACUUAAAGGAACAGGUUGCAAACUUUCAGGAUUCUUUUUGUGCUAUAGGUCAAGCCGUGAACCAAUUCCAGUCUCACCUGGCCCGGCAAGACCCCUCGUCGGCAGCUACGGAGCUAUUCCAAAAGGCGCAACAGUUAUGCUCCGAUAUCUCAGCGCAGCUUCAACGGUGCCGUCAGGAUAACAUGGUGGGAGAUAGCCAAGAGGAGACAGCCAGUGAAGCACCCGAAACGCCUCAUCAAUACACCAUAGCAUUGCGAUCGAAACCAGCCGCAUCCCAUACGCAACAACCUUCAUCUGACCCCCUGCGCUUGUUCCUAACUUCACGGAAUGGGCUUUUUCCGUCAUUGAGCUCAGGACACAUGGUCACGUCCUCCGAGGUGCAAAGGCAACUUACGAUAGACUACCCAACCACUCCCUUCACACGGCGCUUAUUUUAUGACUGUGCCGUUGCUGGCUAUUACUUUCUCAGCGACUUGACUCUCUCUGACGAACAGGUUUGGCCAAGGUUUGGGAUGUCGCUGGAGGGUGUGCCGAGGCUUGAAGUUGUCGAUUAUUUCCAACGUGUACUUGCCACUACACACUGCACACCUAUACAAGAUCCAAGGUUCCCCUUUUGUUCCGUUGGAGGAGCUGGGACUCACUUUAGUCGUGUGCCAGGUUCUUCGGCACCACCGCACCUACAGAAUCUUGAUGUCUUUAGGGCAACGAAUGGCUUAAGAGUGAUUGAGGACGCAGAAGAAUGGUUUGACGUCAUGGAUGUCGAGGGAUACAUGAAUUCCAUGGGAAUCAAAUUGACAGACGACAUGGCCCUUCUCGCCCCGCUGCGCAACUCAUUGCUGGAUGCAAACUUUGAAGACCCUGCGGCGCUGGGGGCGAGCGAGUCUUCCGGUACAUCCAUCAUUAUACAUGAGAAAACCUUUAUAAAUGCUAUGAAACCGUUCACUGUAUCACUGGGCUGCGCUGCCGGGUUUCGAAAACAGGACGUUGAGAGAGUCGUAUGGAACACUGCACGGUUCAUCCGGAAUUAAUCUAUAACAUAUGUUGAGAGCAAAGAUAAAACUACGACUAAGAAACCCACGACAGCAUGAUUAACUCUUUACACCCUUUUGCGCGACCACCGUCGUCAGCUUCCCAUUUGUUGACUUCCAGGCUGCACCACUCAUGGCUCGCUCACGCCAAAACCAUACACUAGCUAUUACUGCUCCGGGACCAAUAACAGCAGAAGCAGCCAGGAUUCCACCGAUGGCUACCAGAGGCGAGAUACUUGACAGGCCGAAUCGGUAAAGAUCCCACAUGGUCACACCACCCCAGAUGAGGAAUCCCAAAGUGCACAGGAGAAAGUCGUACUGGAAGAAGAUAAGAACACCAUGGCCAAUAUCCUUCGGUGCGAAUGAGUCGCCACUGGGCAAGAAGAUGCGUGCCAAAGAGAGAUCUUUCGACGUAAUGCAGUUGAAGACUACUGUCAAGUGGACAGCUGCAGCAAUCAUUCCUGUGAUUAGAUACAUUGUCUUGAAGUUCUUGCCCGUGUCUGUGCUUGUAUGCUUAGCGCUGGGCUGCAAUCUGCGGAUAAUCCACGAGAAUAGCCUGGUGAUCAGGCCGAUGACGACUGGCAUUGGCUGCCACAGGGCGAUUGCGCCUUGGUGUAGAUGCAUGUUGGUUGUGGGAAAGAAGAGGGAAAGAGAAGGGAGAACAAAUCCGACGAUGAUAGCAGGCAGGACGGCUUUGGAAACUGACGCGGAAAUUUCCCGUUCCUGGCGAAUAUAGUAGUUGACGUGGCCUGCCGCGUAAAGGCUGAAGAAAAAGUACAAUUGGCCGACGAAGCCAAUGCCGCCAAGUUGGAAUAGUAGGCCCCAGACGCUCGGUCUAUUGCACGUUAGCUUCAUGGAAAGAGUUUUUUCAGCAGCCAUGACCAGACUGAAAACGACUUACAUGGCAACCAAUGUCAGGCUAUUCCGCGGGCGGAAGCCUUCAAGAGUCAUAAUGGCCAAUAGAGGAACCAGGGUCGACAUGAAAUACAUUAGUUGCACACUCUGCUGUGGACCUACAGCUCCAUUGACUGCUGGGAGAAACAUGGUUACGAGGAACCCAAGCAGCUUGUCGAUUCCCGCCGCACCAGUGUAGCUGCGGCGAAGUGGUGCAUCGCCUCCGGGAACGACGCCUUGGACGAGUGCUUCACGAAUCAAACCAAACGUGCCAUUUGAAUUGCCGGCAGUGAAAAGAAAAUGUCUUGCAACAAGCGCAAGUAGCACAUAGGUUGCCAGUAAGAACAGAGUCACUCCCCGUGCACGCGACUUUGGCUGGCGCAAUAGUUCGUCGUGAUACGGAACGGCAUGUGCCUUGAUCUUGUGAGGAAGGGUGUUGAGCGACGGCGCCGGCGCAUAGUUACCGAUGAAGCGAGUCAUCAUCAUCCAUCGGGGUAUGUUGGGAAGAACCUUUCGCGCGAUAAACUUCUUAACCGGCGUUUCCAUGCACUCCACGCUCUGGCGAGUGUGUGCCGCCUGGACAAGUGUCCAUACACGAUCUUCUCGCUGAGUCUGCGUGGCUUUGAAGGCUUCGACGAUUCGUACCGUUGAAAGAGGCUUGUCGGGAGUUUCUUUCAAUGCGGCGACGAGGUUGUUGACGAGACUGGCAGCGGUUUCGAUGGCGUUGUUUCCGCCCUGGCCGGUGAGCGGCUCAAACUGUUGACAGUGACAGUUAGUUUAGUCUUCAUUUAAUGAGAGUAUUCCUGUAUGAUGAGACGCACCUUGUGGCAGGAAUCGCCAACCGUCACAAUUCGUUCCGAGUACCAUUGCUUGUACACGUAUUCCGGCAGAGUGGUGUACACGGAUGCAGUCUUGCUUUUGUAAAGAUCCACAAACUUGAGUGUGGGUGUGAUCUGGUCGUUAAAGUGCUGCUUGGCAAAAGUAUACUCUUCGUCCUUUGUGAAUCGCGGAAUGUCGUCUCCAUAAACCGUCUUUCCUAGGUUUCUAACAAGAAACCAGUAGGUCUUGUCCCCCGGUCCACUGGGCACCAAGUACGAAAAAUGCUCGUUGAAGACAGAGGUCAUUGUUCCCUUUUCAAUACCCUUAACUCCCUCAGAGAUGCCAAAUAUACAGACAUAGGUG